CUACGAGUCCGCCUGGUGGGAGAAACCUACCGUCCAUGUGCUCGCGCGGCUGCGGCGCUCGAUCAAGCUCUCCCCGAGCUCGCUCAGCAGCGCCGGAGUCAGUCCUCGCGACGCGCUCGCCGCGACAACCUCGUCGUCGUACGUGUUGUUCGUAUCAACAUACGCUAGUCCAUAUACGUCAGGCUGUAGCGUUUUUCUCUCUAUAGUAUAUAAUAGUAAUACACUUGUAUGGUGUAAUAAUCGGGACAUCGACGCAGAGUUUGAUCAGUUUCUUUGUAAAAUUCAGUGAGUUCUCCCGCACGAGGAUGAUGGACUCCGGCAGUGUCGAAGCCGCGACGAAGUGCAGGAGAUGAGAAUCGCUUCUGGCCAAAGUCCUUCUCGUCUCGAUCGUUCCCCUGUGUACACGGUUAUGCUGCUCUUGGAUUAGCGGAUACAUAUACUUCUUUUUUCCGUUCCUCGAUUCUCCUCUUCAUUGCAUUACAUUGUGAAAAAAAGAAAAAAAUCCGUCGCCGUAACCGAUCGUCGUCUCAACUCGGCGAACAAGUGAUACAGUUUAUCUGCAGGAAGAGACUGUAGCGUAAACGAAGCUAGAGCUAAAAAUGCACCACACGACUCCGUGGUACCUGCCUUGGGGCUUGAAACUGGUGCCGCUGUCCAUACCGCCGGGACACCCGGCUUCGGGAAUACCCAACCCGGCACUUCACCUCCUCGCGCCGCUACCAGGAAUCUACGCGCCGGAACCCCGCAAGGUCGAUUUGAAGCCUCUGCGCGAGACGACCAUAGCCGUACCGCCUCAGCCGCCGAAGAUAGCGGUGAAGAGGAAGGCCGAGGAUGCAGACGCCAGUAAAGACUUGAAAAAGGCGAAAUUGGAAACGAAGGCGUUGAAGGCGAAAAGGCCAGGAUUCACGGACGAGCGCUACAAUGAGACGAGCUACUACGUCGAGAAUGGUGAGUGUUGUCUGCGCAAAGUCUACCCGUACUACUUCACCUUCACGACGUUCACGAAAGGCCGCUGGGUCGGCGAGAAGAUCCUGGAGGUGUUCGCCCGGGAGUUUCGAGCCCAUCCGGCCGAAGAGUACGAGCGCUGUAUACGCGCCGGUACACUCACGGUCAACUACCAGAAGGUCGACGUCGACUACAGAUUGCGACACAAUGACCUGCUCGCCAACGUCGUUCACAGACACGAGGUGCCAGUCACCUCGGAGCCGAUCACGGUGAUACACAUGGACGAGGACGUCGUCGUGGUCAACAAGCCCGCCUCCAUCCCUGUGCACCCAUGCGGCCGUUACCGGCACAACACCGUCGUCUUCAUUCUGGCCAAGGAGUACAACCUAAAGAACCUUAGGACAAUCCACAGGCUGGACAGACUGACAAGCGGCAUACUACUCUUCGGCAGAACUCCGAAGAAAGCCCGGCAAAUGGAGCAUCAGAUUAGAAACCGACAGGUGCAGAAGCAGUACGUCUGCCGAGUGGAAGGCGAGUUCCCUGAAGAGGAGAUCGUCUGCUCGGAGGCCAUCGAGGUGGUGUCCUACAAGAUCGGCGUCUGCAAGGUCUCGGACAAGGGCAAGGACUGCAUCACCAAGUUCAAACGGCUGAGCUACAACGGCAAGUCGUCGGUCGUGCUGUGCAAGCCUCAGACGGGUCGUAUGCACCAGAUCCGUGUCCAUCUGCAGUACCUCGGCUACCCGGUCGUCAACGACCCGCUGUACAACCACGUGGUCUUCGGGCCCCACAAGGGUAAAGGUGGGAAUAUCGGAAAGACGGACGAGGAGCUCGUGAGGGACCUCAUUGGUAUACACAAUGCUGAAAACUGGCUGGGUAUGGACGGCGACUCGGAGAUGAGCUUGUUCAAACCGAAGCUCGAUUUGGACGACAGGAUCCCGAGCGAUAAGGAGGGAUCGCCCUCGUCGACGCCGAGCUUGUCGGAAGACGAUCAGCAGCAGCCUCAGCAGCAGCAGCAGCAGCAGCAGCAGCAGCAGCAAGCACAGCAAUCGCAGCCACAGCAGCAGCCUGAAGUGCAGAAGUCGAUGAAGGUGACGGUGGGCACGCAGACUGGUUCCGAGCCGCCAGACUCGACGUUCGCCAACGAGAAGGUGACCGUCGACCCUCACUGCUACGAGUGUAAGGUCAAGUACAGGGAUCCCAAGCCCUCGGACCUCGUGAUGUACCUGCACGCCUGGCGUUACUGCGGCCCAGGCUGGGAGUACGAGACGCCACUGCCUGCCUGGGCAGCCAGCGACUGGCAGCCCACUGAGGAGCAGCAACGAUAGUCGCUCUAUCUGCAGCUACUGCUCUCCGCCUACUGCAUCCCACAAACCAUGUGAUCAGUCCGAGCGACAAGCAUAUAUAUUAUGUACACUGGACACGCGUACCGAGCGCUGUUUAUACACUUCCUUCGAGCGAGCUGGGAAAACAUUGGGUUUAGUUUUUUCGAACUCGAUUUCGUUGUUAUUAUUAUAUUUAGGAUUUACGAUCCUAUACACUCUGAUUAUCUGUUACGUAAUCAAUUUGUUUCACGCUAUAAUGACUUGAGCUUGAGAAAACUAGGCGUAUGAGGGAGUUUUAAUAAUGUGAUUUAUUACUUGGGCUAUGGGGUGUAGUAAAAUUUCAAUUACGAUGACGGUUUUCCUGUAUUAUUUUCCACUCGCUCUAAGGAAUUCAAGAAGAUGUGAAAUAAAAAAAAAUGUAUUGUAAUAUCCUACCCCGUGCCUUCCAUCGGUUCGCGAGUUGAAACUUAAAGUAUAUUAUAUAUUAUAAAUAUAAUUAUAUUAUACAUCGUGACGCCCUAUUACCGUAAUGUACUUGUAUCCAAACCAAUCCCCCUCCCUCCAACCCUUAUCUUCCCGAUAAACAUAUGACGCACUCGUGCAGGCGCCUGCGGAAGCCUUCGUCGCGUUGUUGUAAUUAAAAUGAAAGCGUGCGAGAGUGAGUGCACGGUUGCAAGAGUGCAAAUAUAAGAGACAUGUGCGGAUAUGUGAGAAAAAGUGAGAGAGCGAAUGAUAAAAGCCGAUCUAACCGAUUGGAAUCAGAGCUAGCAGCCGAUUUGGACGGUGAAGAGUAAAUGAUGAUUGUAGAAGAUGGUCGUGCCCGCUUUUUGUAAAGCUUUUAAUUAUUCGUAGAAUAUCGAAAACAACAUAUUGUAAGGUUUGAAGGUAGGAUUAUCUUUAUGGUAGUUUUGUCUUUUGAAUAUUUACAAAAAGGACACGAGUAAUUUCUUCAAUGUAAUUUAAAAAUAAUUUUCGUGAUUUUUUACGCCGUUCUUGUGAAUUCGUAGCGGCUGCGUAUAGGUGUAGUUUUGCGAUGUAGAGAUGCGAGAAAGUACAGAGAUACAAUAAAAUUUGCACAUUGCAACAGUUGAAUAAUGUGACAGCAAGCUAUUUUAUAAAAGACAACUCGUAAACUAAAUAAGUACCCGUUUUGCAGCCAUCUACGUAUUGUACCAAAUAUCGCUACAAAUGUAUUUAUUUGUAUGAUAAAUAUCAUUUGUUUUCAAUGAUUCAACAUACAGUGAAAAAUUAUGAAAAUAUAAAUUUAUGAUUAUUAGAAAAGAAAACGCUUUCUACUCUUUUACGAAAUACGUUUUUUCAGCGCGUGAAAAAAUCAAUAAGAAAACCUGUCUAUCUUUUUUCAACAUCCAAAUCAGUGCUCGGCUCUGAUUAGGAUUCAUAAGCAUCCAAACCAUGUCCUAUGUCGUUAAAAAGAAAUCAUCUGUUGGGAUCAAUCACUCUGGUUAAAAAAUAAUCUUCUGGAAAUCGAAGAUUCGAUGAUUUAAUAGUCGUGCUUUUCUAAGAUACAUUAGGAGGUUCAAAUUUAUGUUUUAUUUUAUUUCUUCUGUAAUAUACUCAACGAAUCAAAUCGAUGUUGAGUUUUUCAAAUGAAAUUUUGUAACUAGGCUAACUCGAGAUUUUUAACGAAAAGGAUUCCCCUUUCGUCUUAUAUUAGGAUAAUCCAAUCAAUUUUAAAGACACCAAUUGAGUUUGCAACCUCGCAAUUUAUAUCCUGAUGCUGGUUGUUUUUCAAUGACGGCUCGAUUGGAGUGUUAGCUUUUAAAAAUGUAGCAACGCCGUGUAAAAUGACAUUUAAGGAUAUAGAAGUGUUAGCGAAAGUCUGUAGAAGAGUAAAUAAAUUAGCAAAUUAAUAGGUUUUGAUGAGUUUUCAAAUUGAAAGUGAUAUAUGUAGUUUUGUCCUUUUUUUUUAAAUGAAAAAUUAUUCUACGCAUGCACGAAAGAGGCGCAAAGAAAGUGUAGUUGAGUGAUUUGAUGACAAUUGCUGACGCGAUGAAUUAAGAUAAAAAAAUAUUUUGUAAGCCUUGUGUAGAAUAUUGUAAAAUAAAGUAUACAUGUAUUGCUAGAUUUUCUAAUCAAGCACUUCAUUAUGAAUUUAAGAAAUCAUUUCUUUAUCUGUAUCCUUAAACUAUAUAAUUAAAGUGUUGCAAGAAAAAUAUCUAUUUUCAUUAGACAUAAAUACGUAUUGUUUGGUUAACGAUGAUUAAAUAUGCGGUAUCAACGAUUUUCAUAAGUAUUCUUGCGACAUUUCAAAAUACCAUAUCAAUGUGCAAUAGUCAGCUUUGAGAAAUGCUUUUGCUCUUUUAUUUAUACUUGUGCGCGUAGCAAUCAAUCCGAAAAUAUGAAUAUUUGAGCAAACUCAAUUCUAAUACUUGCCGAUAUUUGCCCUUGCGUAUGCAGCUGUGAGCUUAAAUAUAUUGUACUGAUGCGUACUUUUGGCCUCGAGUAGACAAUGGAUUUUAAAUGCGAAUCGAUGUUGACAGAACCGUGCUCUUAUACAUAUAUGUUAAUUAGUUAUGCAUUAGAAGCAAGGACGUAGUAAAUAUUUUCAAAAUGUAUUAAGAAUCAAAUUUGAAAUGAACGUAUAUAGGCGAAUGAUUUUCAAGCGAUGACAAUGUUUCGGUUAUAAACUUGCUAUUUCUUUAUGAAAUCGAAAUAAUUAAAAGUGUACAAACAUAAUACAUAUUGAAAUAUACAUAUACAUUUUAAUUAAAAAAAAGUAUUAGCUAAAUUUUCAAAUACAUUUUUAAAAUUUUUACUUACUUGUUAUUACAACAUUGUAAUAAUAAUAUUCAAAUAUCAACUUACAUAAAUUUGCAUAAAUUCUUAAAUUAAACAAAAUAAAGAAUAAAGAAAUAUAUAAAAAUCAUUAUAUUUGAAGAAAGAUUUAUAAUGUUUCUAUAUACAAAUGUUGUAAUAAUGAGAGAAGUAUAAAGAAAUAAAAGUUAGUUCAUUUAAUGAUGACGUAGCAAGUAAAAGUAAGUAGUGGAAAACUGUGAAAUAUGAGCUCCAAGUCAUUUGAGUUAUUCUCUGGCCUCCCGAAUGACCUAACUUUUUUAAGCAACUGUGACAAAUAAAAUGAUCAAGUAUCAAUUGGGUUGGAGCUGUAUGUACGAUAAAUUACUUCAUAUAUAUACUAUCAAUGCUUAGAAAGAUUUUAUUUUGUUAAUAAAGAUAGUGACUAUGUUAAACAAAAGCGAUAAUGAGAGGAGAAAUCAAAGCAAAAAAUAAACUAUGAUAAAAACAAUAUGUACGAGUUGGUUGCUAAAAAGUAAAAUCUUCUAUAGGAUUGCAACCAGUGUGUGCGCUUCAUUAACUCAGCAGUACUUUAUAAUCAAAGUAUUCAGAUAUAACAGCUACAUAUUAUCUAUUUAAGUAAUUAAUAAUAAUUAAAUACAAAAAAUAAAAAGUUUCGAUUAGUGGCACAAUGAAGACAUCGGCCUGCGAAUUCAGCGCGCGCUUUUGUACAUAUUGUAUACGCACAUUGUACUGUAUUAUUGUAAUGUAGUAGAUGAAUUGAUAGUCAAUUUUUCUCGUAUGAUGAACGAAUUAAUGAAAAGUGAUCGUUCGAUAUUUUGUCGUGUUAUUUCUACCUAUUCUUGAUCGAUGGCUUCCGGCGAGACCGAUUUCGACUUUCAAGUUUAUUCUCUGUGAGAAAAACAAAAUAAAAGGCUUACAAAAAA